UCUCCUGCCCAGGCAAGCCAAAUACUUGGAUAUACACCGUCCGAUCUGUGCCUCUCUCUCUCUAUCCGAGCUUUCCAUCUCAUCAGUCAAUGCGCGUUUAAUCUCAAUUGGCCUCCCUCAUUUCCGCCAUGGCAGAAGCUUUGCAAGAUUUGCUGGGCAACGGGCAGAAUGUCGAUGCUGCAACCUCGGAUUAUAUCUCGUACCUGGCGGGACAGCCCGUCGAUGCCCUGCGGUCUUCAGAGCGCCAGCUUCUCUCACAGGCCUCCAACUCGACUCUGCUCUCAAUACAAGGCUUGUCCAAGAAGUCCUACAAGGCGGUCGUCAGCUCGGCCGAGAGCCAUGCGUCUCUACGGGAUUCGGUGCCGGCUCUGUCGACCAACGUGCUGCAGCUGAGUCGGCUCAUCUCCAGCCUGGAUUCGCAGGUCGAGCAGUUUUCCACCAGCGUUAGCAAGGCUGGUGAUAGCAAGCUUAUUGCGCGCCGGAAGCAGGUGCUGAAGCUGCUGGAGAACGCCGACCGCUUGACGGAUCUCAUGCAGGUCCCUACUCUGUUGUCGUCCACGGCCAAUAUCUCACCCCUUGGCUUCUCAUCUACGCUCGACCUGUAUGGCCACAUCCAGCGCCUCGGAGCCCUGUAUCCGGACUCACAGCUGGUCCAACAUGUGCUGAGCGAGUCUGAGGUUUCCAUCCUGCGACUUGCCACGGAUCUCAUCAACACGCUGAAGGCGCCAAACUUGAAGCUGGCGGCUACACUGAGAACGGUAGGGUGGCUGAAGCGAGCCAUUCCAGACCUCAUAUCUUCGGCGCCGGCAGAAGAUAUGAUUCCCGCUGUCUUUUUAAUCUGCCGGUUCAUCACGUUGACUGCUACUCUCGACGCAUUGGAGCCUCUCCGUCGACUGGCCGAGGACGAGCGGUUGAACCAGGAGAAGACGCCGCAGUCGCGAUCCAGUGGCCAGCACACAGAACGGUUUCUGAAACGCUUCAUUGAGGUGUUUCGAGAGCACAGCUUUGGCAUUGUCUCCAUGUCGAAGAGCGUAGACACCAACCUGGGCAACGCAUCCCCCGAUGACCUCGAUCUGCUUCAUCCUCUGCCGUCUGCGCUGUCUACAUUCCCAAUCCACCUGGUCAACAUCCUCCUCGAGCCAAUCCGCGUCUAUCUCCCCGCUGUCAAGGACAAGGUUGCCCGCGAAAGCAUUCUUACACAGGUGCUCUACUGCGCCGGCAGCCUGGGCAGACUAGGGGCCGACUUUGGCAUGCUGUUAGCCAUGGCUGGAGUUAGCGAGUGGGUGGAUUUGGUCAAGCGCCACAGACUUCUCGCCGGGCGGCUGGAGUCAGUCAUCGGAGAUUAUCGGUAAAACACCACACACAAAGGCGUCCAGGCACUUUUUAGCCACUGUGCGCAGAUGCGUCAUCGCAAACCUUGGGCUGCAUGCAUUGAGCUACCAAACCUUAACCAACCUCUCCUCCAUCUACCUACCUGAACCCGUAUAUAAUAGCACUAAUAUCUUACCGUCGCGCUAUCGAUUCGUACAACCACGCACACUGAAGGACUUUUUUUUUUUUUUUUUGUUU